AUGAAUGAGUCACUGCGACUAAAUCCACCUUUGGCUCAGGUUAACCGUGAAUGUGUCGACGAUUACAAGUUUAACGACAUUUAUAUCCCCGCAGGACUACAAGUCAUCAUUACAGUGUAUUUUCUACAUCGUGACCAUGACGUCUGGCCCAACCCAGAAAAAUUUGAUCCCGAGAGAUUUCGAAGCCCCGCCAAAGACGGUCGUCACCCAUACCAAUUCUUGCCAUUCGGUUUAGGGCCAAGGUCCUGCAUUGGGAUGAGAUUCGCUCUAAUGGAGAUCAAGAUUGCUUUGGUGAAAUUCUUGAUGAAGUACAAGUUUGUACCUUCACCCGGGACACAGGUACCUUUGGAAAUUCUUGCUGGUGUCACUCUGAUCCCGAAAUAUGGAGUCCACGUGAGAAUAGAAAGGGUUUAG